GUCCACUUCUCCGCGACGUGAAAAUCGAUCACGUAGCUUCCUGCUGGGUGAAUAUUUUUACUGCCAUGUCUUUGGAUAUCUGCUUGGUAGGCUUUGGAGCCAUCGGCGCACUUUAUGCAUGUGCUCUUGAGCGCUCAUCGAAAGCGAGAGUUACUGCGGUAUGCAGAUCUAACUAUGAAACCAUUCGGGAGCAUGGAUUGGAAAUUGUCUCAGAUCGCCUAGGGAAAAUACCAUCCUGGAAGCCCCACAGAGUCGUCCGCACAGUGGCAGAAGCUGCAGACAGACCCUAUACGUUCAUUGUAUGCGCUAUGAAAUGUGUUCCAGAAGUAAUCAAGACCACGCAUAUUCUUCGGCCGCUCUUACAGAAACUGAGCGACUCACCUGCCACUGCCAUUGUCCUGCUUCAAAAUGGCAUUGGGAUUGAAGACGAUUUCUUAGAAUGGCUCGAUCGGCAUAACCUAGGUAACAACGUAAUUUCAGGAUGUGCUUGGGUGGACACCACUGCUGUCAAUGAAGGCAAGACCGUGACUCAAUCUGGAAGCGAGAGACUUGUGCUCGGAUACCAUCGCCCAGCCCCGUCUCUCGUCAAUUUAACUGGAAAGUUCUCUGAAGAUAUCGCGAAGAAGCAAUUGGAUCUGCUAUGCACUCUCUUACGGGAUGGAAGCACGAAUCCAGAACCAGUCACGGAUAUUGAUGCCGCUCGUUGGCAUAAAAUCCUAUGGAACGCGUCCUUCUCCACCCUGUGUACUCUUACGCGGGCCACGGUAGGCGAUGUUCUUGCUGUCGACUCAGCCCGGACUUCGCUCGCAGAUAUCAUGCUCGAAGUCCUCUCGGUAGCACAUGCUUCACUUUCCCCCUCUUCCUCAGCCACACUCCCCGACUCAGUCCGAUUCGACAUAAUUAGGCACGAAAAUCCCAAAUCAGUAUUCAAGCCGAGCAUGUUAGUCGAUCUAGAGGCCGGAAGACCGAUGGAGGUCGAAGCGAUUGUGGGCGGGGUAUUAAAAAGAGCUAGGGCAGUUGGAGUGCAAGUGCCAAGGUUGGAGUUAAUCUAUGCAGGGUUGAGUGUUCUUCAGAAGGAUUUACUACGUAGGAGGAAUGCUCAAUCCUAAUGAAGCAUCUCUUUCAAUUUGACAUGCUUUGCCAGC